UACGCAAGGAACUGUUCAGCUUUUACCGAUUGGUAAUAUUGAGUUAAUCAGCCAAGUGUACUCACGGAUUAGUUUAAUUUUCGACCGUUAUUCAUUUUUGGCAUGUUGUAAUUGUGGUGUAGCAUCGAGGAACCAUUCUACCUAGUAUUACCUGCAGGUUUUUCUCUAUUCAUUUACCAUUUGCGGGGGGAAUGUUUCGGGUUGCUGACUGCAGAGCUAAGCAUAAUGGGAAAAACAUUUGCUACAUCAUGUGCUAGUUGUUCAAAACCUUUGGUAGUCAAGCUCUGAAAGAUGUCUAAGCACUCCAAUUUUUCUUGCAGAAUGCUUACUGGCAAAGGGGUGUACGAUAUAUCCGCCCUUUGCUCUGACAAAGAGGGGCUAUUCUUUAAAGCAUGUGGAUUUGGAGAAGAUAUUCUUGGUUCCACUACAAUGAUGUAUACUGGGACAUCUAGCUGUCCUGAUGCACAUCAGAUUGCUAUAUAUGCUGGCAGAAAGCUAAUUUUAAGCCCCCCAUCAAGACAACAGUAGAGUUUGUAAUCUCUCUUUCCAUGACCGUGCAGAUGCAGAAUGCUCUGUUCUUCAGAUAAUUGGAUUGCAAUCUACGUAGAACUUCUAUUGACUGGCCUCAAAGUUGAAGGGUUCCAUAGGCACUCUAUUCCAUUUACUGAUUUACCGCACAGCACUUUUCAGGCAGUAAGUUAAUGGAGUAGGACUUUGUGCUCCGUGUGAGCACUGGGUUAAAGUGUUUCCCUUCUUUAGACCAGCUGAAAGGGAUGUGUUGCAUAGCCAAACAAUUUCAUAUACUAUUCUAAUAGGCUUUUAAGUUGUUCAGUUAACAUGCUUUUUUUUUGUUGGAUAAAUUGCCGCAUGAGUGGGCCAUCCAUCUAUUUUUCUGCCACUUUAUGCUGUACAAACUUUCGACUUUUGUUCUGAUUCCUCUCCUCUUGGUAUGGAUUUACGAGUCAUUUGCUCGACAAAAAGGUGACGGAGAUUUAGAAAGUCGUGAUGGAUAGGGAAUUCUCUUGGCCUGUGGCUGUGGGUAACAUUAGUCUGGAACGGUACAAAGUUGUUAACUUUCUCUUUUCCUUAUCAACUUGACAAGGGAAGUACUUUUCAGAAAACAACUUCUCUUGCCGUUCUGUCUUCGUUUCACGAUUGAAUCUUGGCUGUGAUGGGAAAACUAUGGGUUGAGGUCUGCCUGAUUUCUGCUAGGGGGCUCCGGCUAACAUCUGCACUGUGGAAGCUCCAGUGGUUUGCCGUUGGUUGGAUUGAUACUAACAACAAAUACUGCACCAGGAUAGAUGCUUCGGGAAAUGCUAAUCGGGUUUGGAAAACCAAAUUCUCAACAGUGGUUGAUCCUUCUGAACCUAACUUCCAAGAUAUGGCCCUCCAUGUCGAGGUCUAUAGUAGAGAACCCAUCUUUCUUAGAGAAAGGCUCUUGGGAAUGACAACGGUGAUUCUUAAGGAAUUUCUGGAGAAGUACUUUAAGAAUUCUGAGGUUUCCAAUCCGGUGGAAGAAGUAGGAAGUUUUCAGCUUAGAAAGAAGAAUACAAACAAACCUCGACGAUUUGUCGAUAUCUCAAUCCGAAUAUCAGAAGAAAGGGAAGAGUCUAGCUCAUACCAAGGUGAUGAGGAAGGAUUUAAGCUCAUGGAUAACAGCAUGGGAAUUAACUUGGAUAUUGGGCACGGACCUCUGCAUUCACAAUUUCCUGCACCCUCACCUCUGCGCCAGGAAGUCAGCCGCAGACAAGCAGCCAGUAUGCCCAUCCACUUCCAUUUCCUCGGAAUUAUUCCAAUAUACCAACUGGUCCAAGCUAUGCACCAGCCGGUGGAACGAGCUAUCAACCGCCAAGAGCUCCAUCCCCACCACCUCCACCCUCAAAUGUCGGCUAUAUACCUACCUUUCUACCGAGGACAGAUGAUUUGCAGCCUAGUUACGUAAACGUGCCAUCAUCUGGACCAGCACCCGGACGCAGUAGGGGACCUGGUGUUGGGUUGGGACUAGGUGCUGGAGCCUGUGAUUUUUGGGGAUGAUUUCAUGUCAGGUUUUGAUUUUCCACGCAGUUUACAAGAUGCUAGCCUGACAAUAUCAACUGAUCCUCCUUUCUGAAAAGUGUAGAACAUAAUCUGCUGUUGUAUGGCGAGGGACAUUAUUAUUGUUUUAUAUCAUUUCAGUGUUCAACAAUUACUGCACCCGCACCCCGUAACAAACAUGGGAUAUUUGCAGUCACUACAUGUUGGCUAUGCAUGGCAAUCAACAUAUGCUACUUUGAAAUAAAAAAAUGCUACUUAUUGGAGGAUAUUAUGAAGAGAUACAAAACGGACAAGAAGAAAUAUUCAAGCGUUUUCACUUCCCUAAAUUUAGAAUGACAUUCUAACGGCCAUGAAUUGUAUUUCCAUAUUCCUGUAAAUGAUGUUUAUCCAUCUUUUUACUUUGACAAUCAAUGGGGAGAAAUUCUUUCUGGAGUUUAAUUAUCUCUCCACAUUUAUUUUGAGGGUUCA